GUGCCGGCGGGGCGCUCAGGUGCGCGGCGCGGCAGAUCCGCCAUUUUGUGAGGGGAAGCGGCGGCCGCUGCUCGUUAGCGGUUCGUCCGCCUCCUUGUGCUGUCGUUAUCCCUCCCCUCGCUCUUUCCCCGCCCUCCCCGCUCCCUCCCCUCCCCGCUCCCCGCCCCCGCCGGCACUGCGGAGCCGCAGACGUGACCCGAGCGGAGCCAGCCGCGGCCUUUCCCCGCUGCGCCAGCCUCUCGCCGCAGAAUCGCAUGUCAUCUAUCCAGAACCUCCAGUCUUUCGACCCCUUUGCUGAUGCUACAAAGGGCGACGACUUACUCCCGGCAGGGACUGAGGAUUACAUUCAUAUAAGGAUCCAACAGCGAAACGGAAGAAAGACGCUAACCACCGUUCAGGGAAUUGCAGAUGACUACGACAAGAAGAAACUUGUGAAAGCUUUCAAAAAGAAAUUUGCUUGCAAUGGUACUGUGAUUGAGCAUCCUGAAUACGGUGAAGUUAUCCAGCUUCAAGGUGACCAGAGGAAGAACAUUUGCCAAUUCCUCUUGGAGAUUGGCAUUGUCAAGGAAGAACAACUGAAGGUUCAUGGUUUCUAACCCACUUGUACUCCCAUGAAGAAUCCUGCUGUAUUUGGUCGUACCCAGCCUGGCUCUUCUGUGAAAAAUGUAUUUUUGCAGUGAAUGGACUUCCCUAUUACCUCAGCAUUCAAAAUUGGGUUCAGAUUUGCACGACUGUGUGAAACAUGUGGUGUGUAGACUAGAAACACAUAAGAAAACUUCAGUAAGGUGGUAAUGAAGACACUUGUGAACUUCAGCACAUUUCCAAUGGAAAUGUUUUAGUGAUGAUUGUUCAGUUGACUGUUCUUCACCUGACUUAACUGUGUGGGUUGUAUUAAAAUAGUGUGUGUUGUUGCUUAAAAAAUAAAAGUUGAUUCAUGUAUUUUCUGGGAUAUCUGAAAUGCUUUAGCUUAAGCUUUAAACUAGCACAGCAGCCUUACUACAGAGCGGCUGAAAUGUUUUGUGGCAAGUAUAGCUCACUGCUUACUGGAAAAAAAAGGCAAAUCUACAUGAGGUAUUAGCUGAUGAAUCAGUAGAUUAGCUUCAUGUGAUCUUAUGCUGUAGCUGUAAGACUAGAGCUUUAAGUCUUUAAUGUAGGUGUAUCUUAAUAGCAGCAUGAUAAGAUGUUCCUUGUUGAGUAACUGAAUCUUCUCUCCAGAAUUUACUGCAGUAUGUGGUGAUGGUGUUAAGCAUAGUAGGACUAACAUAAAUUGAUCUAUUUAAAGCUGCUAUUAUUGAGAGUAUAUUAAACAUCUAGGUCUUGGAUGUUUCUCCCAAAUCAUUUGAUUUUUAUCUCUUCUGUCAGAGUGAAGGGGAAAGUUACUGAGUUGGAUUCUGCAAUGACUGAGCAUUUAAUGUUGGCAAGCAGAGUACUUGUAUUAGCUGGUAGUGUUAGCUGCAGAAGUGAGGAAAGGAACAGGCUCUUCACUAAGCUUUCUUUCUGGUGUGAAAAGUUUUAAUAUGGAGGGUUUUGUUGUAGGGUUUGGGUGUUACUAGAGGAAGCUGAUUUAGGCUAUUUCUCUAGCAGGCAAUUCAUUCAGUGUUAUAAUAGAGGUGUUGGGUUUUUUUUUCUUUUGUACCGAGCUCCUCAUCUAGUUUUAGUUAGCUGUAGGUAUUUAGUAUUUUGUGUGCAAGACACAGCUCUUUACAGAAUGAAAUGACUUCAUCUGGCGAAUGUGGGGUAAAAAUUGAUUACCAAACUAGUCAUCAAGAAUGUACGAAGUUGUCCUGUUUGUUACCACCUGUGUCCAUACUUUUCAUGUUCAGAGGCUUGCCUUUCUAGACAAAUGCUCAAUUGUAACCUAUUAAAACAUUUUUUGAUCGAUGAGUUCAGGUAAGAACCUUUAUGCCACUAACAACAAUUAAGGGAGCACUGCAGAGCAUUCAUGUGUUAUUUUUGUACUCUGUGGUCUACAUAAUUGUACUUGUAAGAAUCCACUGUUCAGUCUCUUUCAAUUUCCACAUGUUCUUCCUGGUGUUACAGGCCUUUCUGUUCCAGAAGAAGGGUGUCCCAGAAGAGAGAAUGCUGUUAAGGUGGAAUGUGCUUAGGAUGAGGAGGAAGAGCCUCCUGUAAACAUUGAAUGUCAACACAUGGAAUUGAAAUCCAAAGAAUGAGAAGUAUGAUGCUAGUCUUGCACAUUAGUGAGAUAAAAUCAUUGUUCCGCAAGUUUACUAAGUCCUGAUUCACAGGUCUUUAAUCCUUUGGUGUGUGCAGCACUUACUGAUCUUUUUAUCAAAUACUGGGAGAAGACAUUCUAUUUCAAAGCUUGUUCUGUUGCCCAAUAGGGAAAAAAAAAAAGAACAAAAACCAACCAGUAUAGUCUUCUGUUUCACUGAUACUACACAAGUACUUCUAGUGGGUUUUUGAAUUGGAGAUUAACAAAUGAUUAGCAAGUCUCAUGUGUUACUGAGUCAGUCUUCAUUUCAGAUGAUGUUCCAUUAACUUUCAUUACCUAAGCUGAGUCAUUUCUCUGUAGUCAUUCUACUUGAAAUAAAUAAGAAACUUUAUUUUGUUCCCUUCAUUUAGAAGUCCUUUCUGAAAGGAGGAGUCUUGAGUUGAUAGGUGGCUUGAUUUUUAUGCUGUAGUGGUGGAGCUGCCUGUGCUUUGGCCUUUGAAGAACGAAAACAAGUGGGAAUAAGUAACACAUUUUAAGUUCAAAUUGAUGGGAUUUGUUGUGGCAGCAGACAAAAACUCAUCUUGCUAGAAAGAACGUGGGAAUUUGUCCUUGAACUGUUUAAAAUUAGCGUCUCAAUGAGAUUUGUGCUCGUAACAUGGUUAGCAACAGUCUCUGCAUCUUCCAGAGGAAAGGCUUCCACAAUUUCAUGUUCUGUUGUCUUGUACUGAAACUUCUGUCAAAACUCAGCCUACCUGAAAUACAGACCCGUGUUUCAAGGGAGCUUGAGAACAUGAGACUAGAAAAAAGAACUACAUUGGUUACUGGAUGGGAAACAUACUUUCACAGUGAAGCCAGUUUUCAAACUUUGUCCCAAAAUAAAUCAGAAAAUAGGAUGUUGCUUGUAAUAAUAGAGGCAGGAAAAGGGAACUAGUAAUAGAAAACACUUGUAAACCUGCAGGGACUGAGGCUGUGCAAGCUCAGACUGCCGAUAGUGGUGGUUUCUUUAGUUGGAAUAUUGUGAAGCCUCUGUACUCCGUAUCUCCAGGGUUGCCUCCUUAGCGAUACCAAGGUUUAGUUGCUAGCUGCAGUCGAAUGCAGGAACUGCUGUUUCAUAGCCUUGCUAUGCAUAGUAUAUUAGGCUAUUAUAGCUGGUCAAUACGCUGAAGUAAGCUGUUGCAUACAUAAAUUAUUGGAAUUGUCCAUUCAGGGGAUACAUCUGUUUAAGGAAACCAUUGCUUCCCAAACUCUUGUAGCAGUCAGUAUUUGUAGGAGGUAGUGACUGAAGUCUGUAAGCUUUCCAUUUUCUGUUGUGUGAAUUAUCAGACACUUGACCUGCCCCUGCGGCCUGCCAAGUCUGGCCCUUUAUUUCAGAGACAAGAGUGAGGAGCACAGCCAUGGGCAGAUGAGCAGUAACUUUCCCAAGCAAAAGGACCGUUGAAAAGGAUAGUGCACAAAUUGAACCAGUGAAUAAUAUGUGCACAAUGGCAUUGCUUAAGUCUCAUUUCCUGUAAUACGAUCUUUGUACAGCCUAAAUAAAAAGUGUUUUAUUGUGGAUAAUUAUUUGGAGAGGAAAAACAGAAAACCUUAGGGAAUAAGCUUGUGUCUUCAGUCUGUUACAAUCAGCUUAGAUUUUCCUGGACUCGAGGACUUCUGGCAUUGCUAUUCCUGUUUGUGUGUCUUUAAAAAUAUAUAAUUUCCCAGAGAGCUUGGCAUUUAAGAUUCUGAAUGCAUUUAAACCCAUCAUAAAAGUUACGAACAGUAGUUGGGAGCUUGUCCUAUAUAUCUAAAAACUAAGUGGAGUUCUGCAUUUGCCCCCUUCUGCCAUCCUGACUAAUGAGUAUGCCAUUGCCCUAUGGAUGCAUAAUGUAUUCACAGACCACCAGUACACAGGGGUGAGGCAGUGCCCCCUGCUGUAGCACGAUGCCCUGGUUAUAGUUUGUGUAAGAUCUCAUCUCAUGUGCUGCCCUGUUACAGACUGUACUGCUCUAAUUUUGCAGUAUAGGACAGGUACUUUGAGAUCCAGUCAGCAGUUCUUAAUCCUCCUGGAAGGCUCCAGGGUACAGAGUUUACAUGUGACGCCCUUGUUUAAUUUGGCUCAGCCUUAUCUCUUAUUAUGUGAGUAUAUGUAUGAGACUGUUGAAAAAGUUAAAGAAUGUGACAGGCCACUUGAUAAUUAUUUGGACAAGCCGUAACCUGUAUUAACAUAUUGCUAGAGAGUUGAGACAACAAACUUUUGAAAUAAAAUGUACCAAUGUUG